UACUGGCAGCUCCCCCGUUUAAAGUCCGCGCAUCACCGUAUCUGCAUUAUUUUGUCAUCAUAAGGCAGUAUUCAGAUUCUCACGCAGGGUAGCUCGACUACGGUAUAAUUUUAGCAUUUAUCAUAAGCGGUCCGACAACGAAAGAUUGUUUAUUUAACCUGAGGCUUUUCUAAAUGCACACUAGAGAACGUGAAUUUUACAGCAACACGAAUGCAGUAUGCUGUAGUCCGGGUACCGCUUCUAGUUACUUCCUUGUCCUGCGGAGAGCAUAAAGCAGUGACGUCGGCGGACCGGUCUGCAAGGUGGCUAUAACGCCGCAGAGAGAAACCCGUCCGCCCGACCCGGAGAAACGACCCACGCCGGCGUGCGCACACAGACCAGCCACUUCAUCGUGUGCGGCUCGACGUGUCACGCGCGCUGAAUCUUAAAAAUGUUUUGCUGUGGACCACGACGAUAGGCUGGCGGUUACCAAGCGACGCUCGACCGGGAGAACAGCAGUUACCAGCUGCCCCACUGUCUAUGUGUCCGUGUGCGGUGCACCGGUGACUAUGUCCUUGGUGAAGAGUGACGAGGAUCAGCGAUGGCUGCCAACGCACGUGCAGGUAACUGUGCUACGGGCCCGAGGGCUGCGCGCGAAGGGUAAACACGGUACCAGCGACGUUUACAGCAUCAUCCAGCUGGGCAAAGAUAAAUAUUCCACGUGUGUGAUGGAGAAGACUACGGACCCGGAAUGGGGCGAGGAAUGCGCGUUCGAGCUGCAGCCGUGGAUCCUGGAGGAGGGGGGGCGAGACGCGUACCCACCCGGUAGUGGCGACCUGACCCUCACCGUUAUGCACCGGGCUCUCAUAGGACUGGAUGUGUUUCUUGGCCAGGCUGUUAUACCUGUGGACGAAGCCUUUCAGGAGCGGAAAUGCAUGAAAAAUGAGUAA